CUCUAACAAUUUUAAUAAACUGUAGUUUAGAGCAUACCUACAAACUAGAUUUACGCAUAGUACUAGAUCUAUUUAUUGCAACCAUCUGGUUCAAAAUAUUUUUGUCAAAUAAUUACAAUAAUUUAAUUGAACAUGAACAACAAAUUCGAAGCUCAAUCAACACAAAAGAAUCUGAGCCAAGAAAUGGAGAGAUUGAAAGCUGAAGACAGUGGAGAUGAAGAAGAGGAGCCCUUCAGACCAGCCCCUAAACCUGGAGAAGGUGAGCACCCUUUACAAUACAAUUAUGCAAUUUGGUUUUCUCGGCGGUCACAAUCAAACAAGACUGUAAGAUAUGAUCAAAACCUCAAAUUCAUUGCAUCCUUUGCUUCUGUGGAACAGUUCUGGAAUAUUUACAGUUAUAUCACCAGGCCAAGUGAUAUGACAGGGCAUGUUGAUUACCAUUUAUUCAAAGAAGGCAUUCGUCCUAUGUGGGAGGAUGAAGCAAAUAAACAUGGUGGAAAGUGGAUUAUCCGCUUAAAGAAAGGGCUGGCAUCUCGUUGCUGGGAGAACCUUAUAAUGGCAAUGUUAGGAGAACAGUUCAUGGUUGGUGAAGAAAUCUGUGGUGCAGUCAUCUCUAUCAGAUACCAGGAUGAUAUUUUGUCCCUGUGGAACCGAAGCAAUGACCAGUCGGUGACGACACGGAUCAGGGAUAUACUACAGCGUGUUUUAAACCUCCCACCCAACACAAUCAUGGAAUACAAGGCACACACAGAGAGUAUGAAAUUGUACAUAAAACAUUAGUCAAACUCAGAGAGACAACACAAGUUUUAGAAACACAGAUCUAUUUGUCAGAUAGCAGACCAUGUUUUGAACUUCAGAUGCCACCGCUAACCCCAUCAGCAGCAAUACCAACCUUUGAAUUUUUAGCCUUUUAACACAUUGAAACUGUACAUUAAUUUUAAUUAUAUUGACAACUGAUAUUAAAAAGGGGUAUAUGUUAAAAUUGAAAUUUAUCUAUGUAAAUUAAUCUAUAGCUGUUAUGAAUUACUUCAGGCUAAUAGGAACGUACACCAAUUUUAAAGUUGUUUAUUUUUAAAAUACCAUGCAAUAAGUUUAGUGGAUUUUUUUCUUCAGUGCUUUGGCAAUAUAUUUUGAACGUGAUGUUUUAAUUCCAGCUAUUAAAAUUUAUCUUCCUAAUUAUUUUUAA